UUGGCGGAAGACAGAGACCGCAGAGGCCAGGGGGGAGUGGGGAGCGGUUGAGCGAUUGAAGGGCGAGCUGAGUCGAACCGCGUCGAACUUAGCCGAACUGUGCCGAGCCUAUCCGAGCCGAGCCGAGCCACCUACUCAGUGCGCAGAACGGCAGCAUCGCGCUGGAUGCAGCGGUUCAUUUGUGCGCGUCUCCGGUGAAGUGGGAAGUGGAUGUGCAUGCUUUUCAGUUUCAUUUUCAACCGGGGCGCUUCACAAUCGGCAGCUUUCAUGGUUUUAUGAAGUGACCGGCUGCCCAGCAGAGGGAUUGCCGCUUUUUCCGCAGCACUGCGAGUGACUUUAAUGGGCUCCGGAACCAUGGAGCAUUGGCGACAGUGUGCGCAUUGGCUUAUCGGCUGCAACGUGCUGCCACCCAACCACCGGGUGACAUGGGAGUCGGCGCAGGUCUUUGACCUGGCGCAGACCCUGCGGGACGGCGUGCUGCUGUGCCAGCUGCUCAACAACCUGCAGGCACAGAGCAUCAACCUAAAGGAGAUCAACCUGCGGCCGCAGAUGUCACAGUUCCUCUGCCUGAAGAACAUCAGGACAUUCCUGGCCGCCUGUACAGAUGUCUUCGGCAUGAAGAAGAGUGAGCUGUUCGAGGCCUUCGACCUGUUCGACGUGCGUGAUUUCGGCAAGGUCAUGGACACCCUGUCCAGACUGUCACAUACGGCGAUUGCGCAACAAAGAGGAAUAAGGCCGUUCCCUACCGAGGACAGCAUGGAUGACGAAGACAUCUACAGUCACCUGGAGGAUUUGAUAGAUGAAAAUGGAGUCGAGGAUGAGGAGGACCUGUAUGACUAUGUGUAUGACGAUGACGAAGGUGGGGAAGUCUAUGAGGACCUGAUGAAGGCUGAGGCAGUCCCCCCACCGAAACAGGCUGAGACUGACAUCCGAGGCUGCUGCCUUACCGAGAUCAAGCAGACAGAGGAGAAGUACACAGAGACUCUGGAUUCCAUAGAGAAGUACUUCAUGACACCUCUCAGGAAGUUCCUGUCCACGGGGGAAGUAGAAAAAGUGUUUGUCAACAUCCCAGACCUGGUCAAAGUUCACAAAAGUCUAAUGGUUGAAGUGCAGGACUCUGUUGUCCACAAGAAUGCCCAAAACCUGUAUCAGAUCUUCGUGGCCUACAAAGAGAGGCUUCUUAUAUACGGAAAGUACUGCAGUCAUGUAGAAACGGCCAUUGCGACCUUAGAUAAUAUCAGCAAAGACAGGGAGGAUGUCAGAUUGAAACUUGCGGAGUGUUCGAAAAGAGCCAACAGUGGGAAGUUUACGUUAAGGGAUCUGCUGGUGGUGCCCAUGCAGAGAGUGUUAAAAUAUCACCUGCUUCUCCAGGAGCUGGUUAAACACACGCAUGACCCCAUGGAGAAGGGGAAUCUCCGCACCGCCCUGGAUGCCAUGAAGGACCUGGCUCAGUAUGUCAACGAAGUGAAGAGAGACAAUGAGACCCUGCGGGAGAUCGACCAGUACCAGAGAUCCAUCGAGAACCUGAAUCAGUCCCUCCGGAACUACGGCCGACCCAAAGGCGAUGGGGAGGUGCGCGUGCUGUCCGUGGACAAGCGGGCCAAGCAGGACAGGCACAUCUUCCUCUUUGACAUGGCUGUGAUUGUCUGCAAACGGCGAGGGGACAACUACGAGAUGAAGGAGGUGAUCGACCUCCACAGUUUCAAAAUCAGCAAUCCAGCGAUGGAUAAAGAGAACAAAAAGUGGUCGUACGGAUUCUACCUCACCCACCUGCAUGGGCAGAAUGGUUUCGAGUUCUUUUUCAAGACCAAAGAGAUGAAGAAGAAGUGGCUGGAGCAGUUCAGCAUGGCCAUAUCCAACAUCCAUCCUGAGAAUGGGGACAGCAACCUGCACGAGUUCAGAAUGCACACCUUUGACAGGAUCACCUACUGUAGCUCCUGCAGGAUGCUGCUGAGGGGCAUCUUCAAUCAGGGCUACCGGUGUGCCAAGUGUGGGGUCGGCGCUCACAAAGAGUGCCUGGGGAGGCUGGAGACGUGCGGGAAUGCUAACACUGCUCAAGACGCCGGGGCGCAGAGACAUCAGAAAAGAACAGACCAUCGAAGACAACAAGAUUCAGGUCUGCCUAAGAUGCUGGUGAUUCGGGCAUACCACGGGGCCCCGAGCCCAUCCUGUGGGCCCCCACUGAGCAUCGAGCCUGGGGAGGUCGUGGAACUGAUGGGCGCGGAUCCCCACAGCGCAUGGUGGCAGGGCAAAAUCCUGUCGACACGAGAAGUUGGGUUCUUUCCAAGCGACGCUGUCAAACCGUGUCCUUGUGUCCCGAAGCCGGUGGAUUACUCCUCCCAGCCCUGGUUCGCGGGGCCGAUGGAGAGGCCGCAGGCGGAGGCAGAGCUUGGGAACCGCGGCAACAGCACCUACCUAGUGAGGCACCGGACGAAGGAGAGCACAGAAUACGCCAUCAGCAUCAAGUACAACCACGAUGUGAAGCACAUCAAGAUCCUGGCCAGGGACGGCUUCUUCCACAUCGCCGAGAACAAGAAAUUCAGGAGCAUACUGGAACUCAUCGAGUACUACAAACACCACUCCCUGAAGGAGGGUUUCAGGAGUCUGGACACGGUGCUGCUGUAUCCCUACAAGAAUCCGGAGAGUGAUGUCACCCACAGGACCGCCCGCGCCGGAUUGAAUGUGCCGUCGCUCCUUGGUCUUUCCUUUCUAAGUCCUGAUGGCUACAGUCCCGCUCCCCCCGCCUCUGCUCCUUUCUGGUCAGCAUUCAGCCCCAAAGUGGUGGGCAUGGCUAUAGCCCGCUACGAUUUCAGCUCUCGGGACAUGCGGGAACUGUCCUUGCAGGAGGGCGACUUGGUCACCAUCUAUACCAAGUCAGGCGCUAAUGGCUGGUGGCGAGGAGAGGUCAACGGCAGGGUGGGCUGGUUCCCCUCAACGUACGUGGAGGAAGAGGAGUAAUGUCCUUUCUCCCUGUGCUGUGCAUCGCAGACACCUGCCUGCUGCACCACCCUGCCCUGCCUUCAGGGGGCGCUGCCUGAUGGGAAAAUGGAGAGCCCUGGGAGGGACGCACAAGUCUCUAAUUACAGGCUUUGUCAUAUUGGUGGCCCUGGAAAUAUUUAAGCACCCUCCCCGACUAAAAGUUGGAGGGGAAAUAUGAGGACCAGAUUCUACACCCCCCCCCAUACUGACCUUGCCCACCCAUGAGCACCCACCCAUCACUCAGCCGGGAGGAAACGACACCGUGGGUCAGAGGAGGUCAGGCCUUCUAUACCCACUUCCCCUUUCAGCUACAAGGAACUCUCACACAUCUCAGACCGCCAGCCAAUCCCCCCCACCCCCGCUCCCCCCUUGGCCAGGGCAUGUCCCAAAAGUUACAGUUGUCCCGGCAUUCCUGUAUGGAGGUCCCACCUGGUGCUUGUGGCUUGGACCCUGUCAUAGACAGCGAGCAUCUCCUGAAUCGGAUAAUGAGCAGGAUUUACGCACGUGACAGAAUAAUGACUCUAUAUCCUAGAGUUUGGAAACACUGUGACCUGCAUGACAGAGGAAGUCAUUACUCCCGGGGAGUGUGCCCCCCCCCCCCCCCCCCCCCCCGCUGUUAAUUGUGUGUUUAGUCACUGCACACCUGUGACCCCUGGACUGUAAUGAGCAGAAUUGGAAGGAAAGUUGUCUUUUUUUUAUAGUCAUAUUUAUAAUAUGUGUAUGUAUAUGAUGUAAUGUUAUACAAAGGCUUUGUAUUGUUGUUAGACUUAAUGAUCAUGUGUAUGCAAUUUGAUGUAUGAUGAACGUUUCUGUCUCGGGUGAAGAGUCCUUUGUCCUUUGCUGCUAACUCGUACUGACGGGGGUGUGGCCCAGUUAUAGGGGUGUGGUCAAGGAAAAAUUGCCGUGGCCAGCUAAGAAGCUGUGAAGGAGCUGGUCUGCCGGUGUGCAGAGGGGGCACAGGAAGGUCUGGUCACCAAGGGGAGCUCAGAGCCUGCUUUUCCGUUUCUGACAUGGGAGCAGUGGUCUGACUGGUGAGAAAUCAGUGUUUGCUUGUUGAUUAAAUAAAACCAGCUCUUCAAACCUCA